CUGUCUUUUUUAAUUUGUUCCAAUUUUUGUUUUUCUAUGUUUUCCAGUAUUAAUGGUUUCCAGAUAUAAACUCCUAAGAUUGCAUUUGCACCCACAACAAAUGCUAGUACGGGCCGAGAUAUGCCAGUUCUGCCUCUCCGUAGAAAUGUCCUCAUCUCAUUGACAGGGCAAUUGCAACUUCUCGGCUCUUGCCCAUCCGCGAGGUGUUCCGAAUGAGGAAAAAGUGUUGUAGUAUUACGGAAGUAAUCGAAAACCGGACAACGCCAGUCCAAAAUGAUCUCGAUGUCUACUUAGUUGGAUAUAGUGUGUCAGGUUUGACAGUUGGGCGUAUAAGUGUAGAAAAUAUCUAAGAAGAAUUAAACAAGACCAAAAUGAGUGUUCCUUAUAUACCAGGUGUAGAGGAAGGUACAUCAUUGGAAGGGAAUAUAGAAAUCAGAGCUAGUGACUUACAGUAUAUAAACUUUCCAGAGGACAAAUCAUAUAACACUAUCAAUAUAACACAGUCGGACAUAGCAGAUUUUGGAGAUGAAGGGUUUUUAUUACAUAAUAUUUCAUCUGAUGACGAGUGCAGAUAUUUCAUUGAUGAAGGAGAAAGGCUUGGUUUUGAAACUAUCAGAGGAGUUAGGGAUGACUACAGAAGCUGUAAAAGGAUAACUAUUGAUAGUAAAGAAUUAUCAGCUGUUUUGUGGUCUCGUAUAAAAUCCUAUGUCCGUGACAUCACAAUAAGUGACAAUCCACACUCUCUUCAUAUUCAUGGUUCACCAUCAUUGAUGAAAGGGACAUGGAAACCCAUUGGACUUAAUAAUAUAUUUAGACUAUGUAGAUAUUUUCCCGGUGGACAUUUUGCUCCACAUUUUGAUGGUCACUAUGAUGCUAGUCCUUCAGAACGGUCAUUGAAGACAUUCAUGCUCUAUCUGAAUGGGGAUUUCUCUGGUGGUGCUACAAAUUUUGUGGAUGAAAGUCAAACAUUAUACAAGGAUGAAGUGACAGGGAAAUAUUGUGCUGAAGAGAAGAAUAUUUUAUGUUCUGUACAACCAGAGGCUGGCCUCGGAAUAUUGUUUAAUCAUCACAGACUGCAUGAAGGGGCUCAGUUAAAGGAUGGUGUGAAGUAUAUAUUACGUACAGAUAUCAUGUUUAAAAAUGUAGAUCAGAAACUUAGUGAAGAAUACAUAAAAGCUGUUAAACUUUUACAACAGGCAGAAACUUUAGAGAAUGGAGGAGAGUGUAUGAAAGCUGUAGAGUUUUACAGACAGGCAUUUAAACUUGCCCCAGAGCUGGAGAAUUCUCAUUAACAGGACUGUCAUUAACGAAGGUGUUUUGUGUUCAAAACAAAAUCUUUUCCUGCGUAAAUAUUGGAUUUUUACAUUUUAAUACUUGAUCAGAAACUACAAGAUCUUCUGAUCAUAAAAUAACACAGUGACUUUAUAAAUACUUUUCCAUUUACUAUCAGUUCCAAAGAAAAUACCCUUUUCCGAAGUAUGGUUAAGCUGUGUUGUUGAUUAAUUUUCAUAACAUGAUGAUAUUGGUUUGUGAUAAACAUUGAAUAUAAUACAAGGAGGUGGAAUAGUUGCAAUAUAAACUACAAACACAAAAAGUGAUAGAUUUCUGCAUAACAUAGCUGGAAGUAUAAGGAUAUAUGGUUAUCUGUUGAAAUUCUUAAUGUCACAUUGUUCAGAUAUAAAUUUUCUGAUUGUGAUCAAUUAUGUGAAAAUUGCUUGCAUAUGUUAUUGAAUAUUGAACAGUAAAGAAGCUUACUGCCAGGUUCAUUCGAUGAAAAUUAGAUGUUGUUAAGUUAACAAAGUGAUAUAAGAUGAUUGUUAGGCACAUACUAUACAUGGAAGUUACUGUAUGUGGUAAUAUGUCAAAAUAUGUAAACAAAGCUAUUACUUUUUUGGUGACAGGACAUAAGUAUUGUGAUAGAAAGGGUAAAUAUGAUCAUACAUUGCAUGAAAUAAGCAAAGUAUCACAUUGAUUAUGAAUAUUUACAUUUAUGAAACUUUUUUUUUUUUUUAAGAUGAUUUUUAUGCCUGAAAAAUUUCAGGGGAGCAUAUAGUCGGCGCCUUGUCCGUCUGUCCGUCAGUACAAACCAGAGCUACAUUAUGGGGUUUGGUCUAUUGUUCUCAUAACAAUAGAUGUAUUUGAUGUCAUUCAUUUCGUUUCUCUUGUGGGGUUAUUUUCUGCAUUGUGGGGUUAAAAAGAAGAAAAGAAAUAACAAAAGAAAACCCCAUAAUGAAGCUCUGGUUUGUACUGACGUCUGUCCGUCUGUUGUCUUGUCCAGAGCAUAACUUGAAAACUCUUGGAGAUAAUUUGUUGAAACUUAAUACAGUGGUAGAGGGCAUUGAGGGGGGGGGGUGCAGUGUCAAAGAACCAUAACUCUUUUUGUCCUAAUUUUGGAGUUACUGCCCUUUGUUAAUUUUAACACUUUGAACUUUGUCCGGAACAUAACUCUAAAACUAUAAGAGAUAUCAAGAUGAAACAUUGUAGGUAGAUAGAUCUCAUUGAAUAGAGGUGCAGUGCAAAAGAACCACAACUCUGUUAAGCCUCAUUUUUGAAUUAUCUCCCCUU